AUGCUUUCCAAUGCUAGAUUGGCGGCCUCUAUGGCUCUACGAGCCAAACCAGCAUCUGUCUUCCUUCCUCUGCGAGCAGCUCCAUCAGCAACUAUUUCGUCAACAGCGUCGAAGUCUGCUACUACAGAGGUCACACCAUCACGCGAUGCACAAGGUCCGCCGCUCAGCGUUACUGGCAAGCCUCGAAGAGAAGUUCCCCUGCCGAGUCAAGAAAAGAAAGAGGGUGCUAUGCAAUAUGCCUUAACAACUAUGGAUCAAAUUGCCAAUUGGGCCCGCCAAGGCUCCCUGUGGCCUAUGACAUUCGGCCUCGCUUGCUGCGCUAUAGAGAUGAUGCAUCUUUCGACACCACGUUACGACCAAGAUCGCCUAGGUAUAAUAUUCCGUGCCUCGCCUCGACAAUCAGAUGUUAUGAUCGUUGCUGGCACCCUCACCAACAAGAUGGCUCCUGCCCUACGUCAAGUAUAUGAUCAGAUGCCGGAUCCAAGAUGGGUGAUCAGUAUGGGUUCUUGCGCGAAUGGUGGGGGAUAUUAUCACUACAGCUACAGUGUUACAAGAGGAUGUGACCGAAUUGUGCCCGUAGAUAUCUACGUCCCUGGAUGCCCGCCAACAAGCGAAGCAUUGAUGUACGGCAUCUUCCAAUUACAGAAGAAGAUGAGACAUACAAUUCCCCGCGUUCACGACAACCCCUUCAAAAUAAACGAAUAUGGCACCAUUUUGACAUCUACACCAACAUGGUGGCUGACGCGCAGGGAGCAAAUUUGCCCUUUCGGCUUGGUGCAGUACUCCUACGAAAUGAAGCAGUUGAUCCAUACAUUCCGCCUGGAUAGGCUGGGCAGCUGUUGUCCCCCACGCCUACACAACGCCCUUCGCAUUCGACAUAGAAUAAUAGUAUCACUGUGCAAAUCAAGUUGCACAAGAUGGAAUUCCACAAUCGCAUCAACUCGCCCCAAGACUGCCCUCUUCUUCCCAGGCCAAGGUGUACAGCGCAUCGGAAUGGCCACUCCGUGGGUCGCCACCUUCCCACGAACCUGCAGUCCAUUCCUCGAAGAAAUGGACCACAUCCUCUCCACGCCGCUCUCCAAAAUCAUCGCAGAGGGGCCCAAUUCCACCCUCACCGCCACCCCAAACGCUCAACCCGCCAUCAUGGCUACCUCAAUAAUGAUACUACGAGUCCUUGAGCAAGAGUUCGGCUUCGAUACCGGGAAAAGAGUGGAUGUGUGUUUGGGGCAUAGUCUUGGGGAGUUUGCAGCGCUGGUUAGUAGUCGGCAUUUGAAAUAUGAGGAUGCUUUGAGAAUGGUGACCAGAAGGGCGGAUGCCAUGGCCAGAUGCAGUAGGGAUGCCACUAAUACCGAGGGCGGGGAGUAUGGCAUGGUCGCACUGGUAUGCGAACCUGACCGGCUGUCGAGUCUGAUCGAAGCCAUACACGAUUUUCUAGGCCAUGGGGUCGGUGAGGGCGGCAGGGCCGAUUCAGCGAGCCACACGCCGCCGAUCGAACAGGUGGUCAUUGCCAACAUCAACAGUAAAAACCAGAUCGUUUUAAGCGGGAGCAUUGAGAAGAUCCACGCGCUUUUGGUGAACUUGAGGCAAUUCGGGGGUCACGAUCCAAGGGCUGUCAGGCUCGCGACUGACUCGCCUUUUCAUUCUCAAAUCAUGGCGCCAGCGGCGAAGAUGAUGCGGAACCUAUUGGACGAGACAGACAUCGGUUUCGAGCAGGCAUUAUUCCCAUGCGUCAGCAACGUGAGCGCUAGACCCUUCAACAGUGUCAGUCAGUUGAAGGAACUGCUGUCGAGGCAGUGUGUGGAGACUGUCCGGUGGUGGGACAGUAUACGGUGGCUCGACCAAGAGGAGGGAGUGAGGCGUUGGGUGGGCAUUGGACCGGGAAAGGUCGGACGGAAUCUAGUAGGCAAGGAGGUGGGGAUGAGGGGACAGGAUACGAUCAGAGGAGGUGGAGUCUGGGGGAUUACAGAGCCGAAAGAAGUUGAUGCAUUUUUGAGAGGUCUAGAAGAAACAGAAGGCGUGGAGUGA